GAUGUCCUGAACAUUUCCUUCCACCUCACCAGACUGACUGCUGCCAAGGCUGAAGAUGCUCUCUGUCCUGACGAGACCCACCAUGAGAACCAUCCUGUGCUGCCAUAGAAUCAUCUACAGCAAGGCCCCACAGGAGAAGAUCGGACCAGGGAAGACAGCCUUUGUCCUGUUUGUGUUCAGCAUGGCUCUCCUGGCCCCAGCGGGAUGGAUCAUGCAUCACAUCCCAGAGUAUCGCCAGAGACCUACCACCACCACUGACUAAAAAACACCAUGAGCACCAAUAAAUAAUGCUGUUUUUGUUAACUCUCAUUUACAUAAUAUUAAAACCUGUUAUAAUGUAUAUGAACUUUACAAUGGAAAUGGAGGGAUGAGUUAGAAUGCUGUUGUAGGUGCAGAGCUGAUUACGUGAACAGGAUGUAGCUCUGUUAUCAGAUGUGAAAUAUUUACCCAAACACGGCCAUCGUGGAAAGCCUGUUUACUCUCAGUCUACAGGCCUUGAUUAUAUUGUCUGCUAUCCAUUACAUAUCAAAAAUGUCCAGAAGCUUUGUUUAGUAUCAAACUAUAACACAUAGGCUACAUAGAACACCAUUUUAUAUUUUCUGCAUUGUAAAGUGCAAUAUUGAUAUAAAAUAGCUUAUAAAAGAAACAGAUUCACUGACUUAGAAAUCUGCCUCUUCAUUGUGGAAUUUUACUAUAACAACCAAAUGUCUUAAUUAAGAAAAUGCCUAUGUUACAUUUUUAA